UGCUUCAGGAUAACCUACACAGAAGCCAUAAACAUCCUAAACAGCAGCUCCAAGAAAUUUGCUUUCAAAACAGAUUGGGGCUCUGACUUGCAGACAGAGCAUGAGAAGUACCUGGUGAAACAUUGUGGCGAUGUUCCUCUCUUCGUCACUGAUUAUCCCUAUGCCCUGAAGCCCUUCUACACACGAGACAACCAGGACCAGCCUCUACACACUGCAGCAGCAGUAGAUCUGUUAGUCCCCGGAGUAGGAGAGAUGUGUGGAGGUUCUCUGAGAGAGGAGAGACUGGACCUACUGAAGAAACGUCUAGCACAGGCUGGUUUGGAUGAGACAUACGGAUGGUAUUUGGAUCUGAGGCGGUUUGGUUCUGUCCCUCACGGUGGGUUUGGUAUGGGCUUUGAGCGCUACCUGCAGUGUGUUCUGGGGGUCGACAACAUCAAAGACGUUAUUCCAUUCCCCAGAUACUCCCACUCUUGUCUUCUGUAAACUAUACACUGAGGAUACCAAACAUUAAGAACACCUUCCUAAUAUUGAGUUGCACCCCCCUUUGCCUUCAGAACAUCCUCAAUUCAUCAGGGUAUGGACUCUACAAGGUGUCGAAAGCGUUCCACAGGGAUGCUGGCCCAUGUUGACUCUACAAGGUCUUUAAAGCGUUCCACAGGGAUGCUGGCCCAUGUUGACUCUACAAGGUGUUGAAAGCGUUCCACAGGGAUGCUGGCCCAUGUUGACUCUACAAGGUGUUGAAAGUGUUCCACAGGGAUGCUGGCCCAUGUUGACUCUACAAGGUGUUGAAAGCGUUCCACAGGGAUGCUGGCCCAUGUUGAUUCUACAAGGUGUUGAAAGCGUUCCACAGGGAUGCUGGCCCAUGUUGACUCCAAUUCUUUGUACUGUUGUCUAGCUGGAUGUCCUUUGGGUGGUGGACCAUUCUGGAUACACACAGGAAACUGUUGAGUGUGAAAAACCCAGCAGCGUUGCAGUUCUUGACACAAACCGGUGCUCCUGGCACCUACUACCAUACCCCCGUUCAAAGGCACUUAAAUAUUUAGUCUUGCCCAUUCACCCUCUGAAUGACACACACACACAGACACAAUCCAUGUCUCUAUUGUCUCGAGGCUUAAAGAUCCUUCUUUAACCCGUCUCCUCCCCUUCAUCUACAUGUCUCCUCCCCUUCAUCUACAUGUCUCCUCCCCUUCCUCUACAUGUCUCCUCCCCUUCAUCUACAUGUCUCCUCCCCUUCAUCUACAUGUCUCCUCCCCUUCCUCUACAUGUCUCCUCCCCUUCCUCUACAUGUCUCCUCCCCUUCAUCUACACUGAUUGAAGUGGAUUUAACAAGUGACAUCAAUAAGGGAUCAUAACCUGGAUUCACCUGGUCUGUCUAUGUCAUGGAAAAAGCAGGUGUUCAUAAUGUUUUGUCCACUCAAUGUAUCUGUCACUAUGGUCAAAUGAUUCUUUUUGUAAAGAUGUCACUGUUUUUUGAUUUAUAAAAUGUUAAAAUGA